CUAGACGCUCGGCUGAAAGCUGAACGCUCACAGGGAUGCAUUGUAUUUAUCCACAUAUGUAGACGGUACUUUCGGAUAAAAAACGGGUUGUAGCUUGUUGUCUACCUUCCUACGGUUAGAUAGAGCUGCCUAUUGUAUUUCUCCAAAUUAGAUUUCUUCGCUGGAAAACAACUCAAGUCUAAAUUAAAGUGUAAAGAUGAAGGUGUGGACUCUGCUAUGAGUCAGUGUGAGGACAGAGAGGAGGGAGUCCCUCCCUCUAAAACCACUCUGUGUGGGGAACAUGACAGCCAGACCAAAGCUCAGAGCCCAGAGAAGCAGCACAGACCUGGACCUAGAACUGAACCUGAACCUGGACCCGGACCUGGACCUGGAACCAGCUGUGUGUCCUUCAAGAGUGACAAGUCUAUGGAUGAACCUCUAGUCUUCAAAGAUGGACGCCGCUCUGUUGAUCAAAGGAGGAAUCUGGAAGAACCUGAACCCAGCUGUGUGUCCAUGAAGAGUGACCAGUCUAUGGUACUUCCUUAUAACUUUAAAGAUGGUCGCUACUCUUUUGAUCAAAGAGUGGACCAGGAGAGCUCAGGGUUUCCCAGUGGUCAGUCUGCCCAGCAGCAUCAAACACACCUGGACUCCAUAUUUAUGCUGCUGGAGGAGGACAUCGUCAAUUUUGUGAAGAACGAGCUGAAGAAGUUCAAGAAGCUUCUGAGUCCAGAUUACCCAAAAUGCUUAGAGGGUCACAGGGAGGAUGAGGAGGUGUUGGACAGUGAGGAUGAAGAGCAGAGGAGGAACAGCAGAGAGGCAUUUUGGAAGAUCACACUGCACUUCCUGAGGAGAAUGAAGCAGGAGGAGCUGGCUGACCGUCUGCAGAGCAGAAGUCCUGCUGCAGUUUCUAAGCAUAAACUCAAAUCUAAGCUGCAGAGGAAGUUCCAGUGUGUGUUUGAGGGGAUUGCUAAAGCAGGAAACCCAACCCUUAUGAAUCAGAUGUUCACAGAGAUCUACAUCAUAGAGGGAGGGACUGCAGAGGUCAAUGAAGAACAUGAGGUCAGACAGAUUGAAACAGCAUCCAGGAAACCAGACAGACCAGAAACAAGAAUCAGACAAGAAGACAUCUUUAAACCCACAUCUGGAAGAGAUGAACCAAUCAGAACUGUGAUGACAAAUGGAGUGGCUGGCAUCGGGAAAACAGUCUUAACAAAGAAGUUUGCUCUGGACUGGGCUGAAGACAAAGCCAACCAGGACAUCCAGUUCACAUUUCCAUUCACUUUCAGAGAGCUGAAUGUGCUGAAAGAGGAAAAGUACAGCUUGGUGGAACUUGUUGAUCGCUUCUUUAGUGAAACCAAAGAAGCAGGAAUCUGCAGGUUUGAAGAGGUCGUGUUCAUCUUUGAUGGUCUGGAUGAGUGUCGACUUCCUCUGGACUUCAAAAACACUGAGAUCCUGACUGAUGUUACAGAGUCCACCUCAGUGGAUGUGCUGCUGACAAACCUAAUCAGGGGGAAACUGCUUCCCUCUGCUCGCCUCUGGAUAACCACACGACCUGCAGCAGCCAAUCAGAUCCCUCCGGAGUGUGUUGACAUGGUAACUGAGGUCAGAGGCUUUACUGACCCACAGAAGGAGGAGUACUUCAGGAAGAGAUUCAGAGAGGAGGAGCAGGCCAACAGAAUCAUGUCCCACAUCAAGACAUCACGAAGCCUCCACAUCAUGUGCCACAUCCCCGUCUUCUGCUGGAUCACAACUACAGUUCUGGAGGACGUGUUGAAGACCAUAGAGGGAGGAGAGCUGCCCAAGACCCUGACUGAGAUGUACAUCCACUUCCUGGUGGUUCAGUCCAAAGUCAAGAACAUCAAGUAUGAUGGAGGAGCUGAGACAGAUCCACACUGGAGUCCAGAGAGCAGUAAGACGAUUGAGUCUCUGGGAAAACUGGCUUUUGAGCAGUUGCAGAAAGGCAACCUGAUCUUCUAUGAAUCAGACCUGACAGAGUGUGACAUCGAUAUCAGAGAAGCCUCAGUGUACUCAGGAGUGUUCACACAGAUCUUUAAAGAGGAGAGAGGACUGUACCAGGACAAAGUGUUCUGCUUCGUCCAUCUGAGUGUUCAGGAGUUUCUGGCUGCUCUUCAUGUCCAUCUGACAUUCAUCAACUCUGGUGUCAACCUGCUGGCAGAAGAACAAACAACCAUCCAGUGGUGUGAAGUGUUCAGAGACAAAUCAAAAAGUUUCUACCAGAGUGCUGUGGACAAGGCCUUACAGAGUCCAAAUGGACACCUGGACUUGUUCCUUCGCUUCCUCCUGGGUCUUUCUCUGCAGACCAAUCAGACUCUCCUACGAGGUCUGCUGAAACAGACAGGAAGUAGCUCACAGACCAAUCAGAAAACAGUUGAGUACAUCAAGAAGAAGAUCAGUGAAAAUGUGUCUGCAGAGAGAAGCAUCAAUCUGUUCCACUGUCUGAAUGAACUGAAUGAUCGUUCUCUAGUGGAGCAGAUCCAACAGUCCCUGAGUUCAGGAAGUCUCUCCACAGAUAAACUGUCUCCUGCUCAGUGGUCAGCUCUAGUCUUCAUCUUACUGUCAUCAGAAAAAGAUCUGGAUGUGUUUGACCUGAAGAAAUACUCUGCUUCAGAGGAGGCUCUUUUGAGGCUGCUGCCAGUGGUCAAAGCCUCCAACAAAGCUCUACUGAGUGGCUGUAACCUGUCAGAGAGAAGCUGUGAAGCUCUGUCCUCAGUUCUCAGCUCCCAGUCCUCUAGUCUGAGAGAGCUGGACCUGAGUAACAACGACAUGCAGGAUUCAGGAGUGAAGCAGCUGUCGGCUGGACUGAAGAGUCCACACUGCACACUGGAAACUCUCAGACUGAGUGGCUGUAACCUGUCAGAGAGAAGCUGUGAAGCUCUGUCCUCAGUUCUCAAUUCCCAGUCCUCUAGUCUGAGAGAGCUCGACCUGAGUAACAACGAGCUGCAGGAUUCAGGAGUGAAGCAGCUGUCGGCUGGACUGAAGAGUCCACACUGCAGACUGGAAACUCUCAGUCUGUCAGGCUGUCUGGUCUCAGAGGAAGGCUGUACUUCUCUGGCCUCGGCUCUGAAAUCCAACCCCUCCCAUCUGAGAGAACUGGACCUGAGCUACAAUCAUCCAGGAGACUCAGGAGUGAAGCUGCUGUCAGCUGGACUUAAGGAUCCAAACUGGAGACUGGACACUCUCAGGAUGGACCAUGGUGAACUGCAGUGGUUGAGACCUGGUCUGAGGAAGUAUGUCUGUGAACUGGAACUGGACACAAACACAAUACAAAGAAAACUCAAACUGUCUGACAACAACCGGAAGGUGACACAUGUGGGAGAAAAUCAGUCCUAUCAUGCUCACCCAGACAGAUUUGAAUUCUGGUCUCAGGUGCUGUGUAGAGAUGGUCUGACUGGUCGCUGUUACUGGGAGGUCGAGAGGAGAGGAUGGGUUAAUAUAUCAGUGAGUUACAGAGGAAUCAGAAGGAGUGGAGCCAGUGAAGACUGUAGGUUGGGAUGGAAUGAUCAGUCCUGGAGUCUGUUCUGCUCUGAUGAUGUUGGUUACUCUGUCUGGCACAAUAACAGAGAAACAGCCCUCACUUCCUCCCCUGUCUCUAACAGAGUAGCAGUGUAUGUGGACUGUCCUGCUGGCACUCUGUCCUUCUACACAGUCUCCUCUGACUCACUGAUCCACCUCCACACCUUCAACACCACAUUCACUCAACCUCUUUAUCCUGGGUUUGGGCUCCCCUCUGGUUCCUCAGUGUCUCUGAGUCCUCUGCAGGACUGAGAGUCUCUCCUGUGGACAGAAACACUGACUGAAGAUCAGCUGCUGAAAUCAAAGUUCAGUCUGUUCACCGUCACACACACUGCACUGUGAAGCAGAUCUGUCUCAGACUCAAACGCUAAACAUUCAUUUGUAUGAUUUCAUCUCUUUUGAUUAUCAACAUUUAAACUGUUUAACUAGAAACACUUUGUGAUUUCUGUCAUCAGCUGACUCUCUUUACCUGAGGAUACACUGUAUAAGGCUGAGUAAAUGUGAUGCUACUUUAAGUUUUUGGUAAAUCUGUGUGCAUGUCUACGAGCUGUACCAAGAGCUUCUCUGAUAACCGAUUUGUGUUAUAGUAAUCUUUUUGUUUUCUACUCGACUGUUUUGUUAUUCUUUUACAGAUUUAUUCUUUUUUAUGGCACUCUUAUGACUCCGUUGGCAUCAUGCUUAUUCACAGAAUAUUUAGUUUGUAGGUCUCCUGGCGUUUUGUUGGGGAGUUUAAUUUAAAACAAAACAUAAUUAAUGAACUCAACCAAACCAACUGGAUUAACAGAGAUAAAUUAAUUCUACCCAACCUUAAAAAAACUCUGCAUCUUUCUAAACAGUUGCAUAACCAGAGAAGAGGUAAAACACAGGUAAAUAUUGGCGACGUAUUGGCAAUGUCAAAAUGCAUCGGGGAUACGAAGUAUUUUGGUAGUUUGCUCACCGGCGCGACGUCCCCGCGACGUCUCUGCGCUACGUUUCAGCGACAUAUAGCCACUCUCUCCGCGACGCGGACAUAUAUACAUCGUUCUAACUAGGGGUGGUACGGUUCACAAAACCCACGGUUCGGUUCGUAUCACGGUUUUAGGGUCACGGUUUUCG